UAUGUUUUGUAGCAAGCUUAACUCAAAAAUGUUCGACUAUUAAAAUACAUUAGAUGUUUCAUCAUGCUCAAAUAAAUCCCGUGGAUCAUUUAAAGAAAAUCAACUUGACAAUAGAAGUAAGAAUUUUAAUUAUUAAAAAAGAUUUUACUCCUAAGAACCCUACAAAUAGGCCUUAAACUGCAAGACUUGAUUAUUCUAAUCCUUAAAAAGUGAAAUAAUUUUUAAAUAGUUUGGUUUAAGAUGAAAUAAACAAAGCUACAACAUAGUUGUUUGGAUAAAAUGGAAUAUCAAGAAAGGAAAUUUAAAAUAAUGAUAAUAAAGGAGAUUGUUUAUGUAUUUGAUAAUCUUAAAUUUAUAUAGUUUCAAGUCGAACAACUAAUACUACAAAAUAAAAGACUCCUAAGAAUAAUGAAACUUUUCUUAAAUCAACAUUUAUAGUUCCUGAAUAAAAUAGAGAAUUAGAUCAUCGAUAUUUUCAGAAUUUAUAUUAUUAAUAUAAUAAGAAAAAGGAUUUAUCUUCUUAAAAUUCAAAAGCAAAUUAAAAAUGCUGUUAAAAUGACAAUAGUUAACUAACGAAAUAGAGUAAAUAAAAAAAUUCUACUCCUAUUCGUCAAAAUAUAAUUAAUAAUGAAAAUAUCAAUACAAUUAAUAUGCUUUUAAAUAGCAAUUAGAAAAAUAAACCAUAAAAUUUUAAUACAACUAAUUAAAAUAGCAGUUCUAAAAAAUCUUGUCCUUAAAUGGUUAAUAAAACAUAUUUUGAAUCUUUAAAUGUUUUAAAAUAAAGAAUAGAUAAUACAAUAUAAUCAAAGUAAUCUUCAGAUAAAAAAAGUAUAGAAAAGAUUAUUAACAUUUCUCCUCUUCAUUCUCCUAAAUUAAAAAGGGAUGUUUCAAACACAAAUUCUUAAGAUAAUGAUGAAACACUUUUAUAAACUAUAAUUAAAUUACUUCUUGAAAAAGAAUAACUUUGGAAUGAUAUUUUGAAUCUUCUAGACAAUUUAACUUACAAAAAUUUAGUUUAAUAGUGUGACUAAUUAUAAAAAUUAAUUAUCUUGAUUAAUGAUAAAUAAAAUGUAAAAAAUGACUUUAUUUUUAGAGUGAAUAUUUAUUUAAAGUAGAACCAAAAAUACUUGAAACUUUAUUAUAUGAAUCAUAAACUAAUUUAAUUUUGAUAACCGAAUCUUAGGAUCAAGAGAGAAAUGAAGAUUAGAAUAUUAAAAAUCUUAUACAAUAUAUUUUGAAUAGCAAUCUUUAUGUUUUUUAAAUAUUAUUGGGAAACACAAAUAAUGUCUAACUUUAAAAUUCAAUUAAACAAAGAAUUGAGCUUAGAAGUUAAAAUAAUAGAAAACAAUCUCCAAAAGGAAGUUAAGCAUUAUAGAAAAACAAUUUUAUUAUAAAAUCUAUUUUAGGAUUAAUGUAAUUUAUUUAAUCAAUAUGAUAGUUUAAAAGGAUUGACGAAAUUGCUCGUCCCGAAAUUUAAUUGAAUAUAUCCAUAGCAGUAAAUACUUUAGAUUAAUUUCUGAAUUAAUAAAAAAAAUUAUCUGGUUUAAUUGAGAAAUUGAUUCCAAAGAAAGUAGGAAAAUCAUUAAAAAAUUAAAAAGAGUAUACAUUGGUUUUAGAUUUGGAUGAAACAUUGGUUCAUUAUCAAGAGGUAGUUUAGUCAUUAAUAAAUAGUUUCCUAAAGGAGGUGGAUAGUUUUUAGUUAGACCAUUUGCUGAGGAAUUUAUAGAAACAUUAUCGAAAUAUUAUGAAAUAGUUAUUUUCACGGCAGCUUUACCAGAUUAUGCAAAUUUUAUAAUUGAUAUUCUUGAUAAAAAUGAAGUAGUAUAAUAAAGAUUGUAUAGAGAUUAAACUGUGUUUAAGAAUGAUGUAUAUAUCAAGGUAUAAAAUAUGUUUGUAUUUUAUAGGAUCUUUCAAUUUUAAAUAAAAAUCUAUCGAAAGUUAUAAUAGUUGACAAUAUGCCUGAAAAUUUUUAAUUGCAACCAGAAAAUGGAAUUUAUAUUUAAAGUUGGUUUGGAGAUGUGAAAGAUAGAGCACUAAAAGAUCUUUAACCACUUCUUGAAUGUAUAAAAUUUAAUUUAUGAAUAAUAGAAAUAGUAAUAAAAAAGUGCAAAGAUAUUAGAAUUGCUUUGAAUUAAUUUAGAGAACAAAUGAUAGAAAAAGUACAAUAAGGAAUAAAGAAUCCAUAUUAAUGUCUUCAAUUGAAUUGA